AUGUACAGAGUCCUCGCAACCAUCCUCAUAAUCACCGCAAAACCCACCACUCAAACCAAACGCGACCAGAUCUUCCACGUUCCUUUGAACGCAGAUGGGUCGAUUUCGUUCAACUGGCUCCUGGAUUACCCCAAUGAAAUGGUAACUUUUGAAAUACACAUUCCGGCGAGUUAUGGGUGGUUCGCGGUGGGGUUUUCCGACCAUGGGGAGCACUUUCCGGCGGAUUACUGCUUGUUGUGGAAGGACAUGAAGAGUAGGGUUCAUUUCGAGGAUGUGUGGGCCGACACUGGAGGGAUGAUCCAUCUGGAUAGGCAACAGGAUUGUGGAAGAUUUAGGGUGAAGAGGGUCCGCAAUACCACGAAGUUCACGUUCCAGAGGAAAUUCGACACUUGCGACUUUGAGGAUUAUGUUAUAGAAGAUGGGACCACGCAUGUGGUGUGGGCACGAAGUGCCGACCCUUUGUAUAAACCCACGGGUCUGAAUAUAAGUUCACCUGGGGAAGAUAAAGGGAUGGUGAGGGUGCAGUUGUUGAAGAAUACUAACGUGGAGGCGAGUUUGCCGGGGUAUGUUCAGAGUAAGGACAUUCUGGCUGAGAGGGUUAAAGUACCGGCGGACGAAACGACGUACUGGUGUCACGUGCAUAAGCUUGACGUGGAGUUCAGGAAGAAGCAUCACGUGUAUAGGUACGAAGCCCUAAUUCCGAGAACCAGUGAGGGUUUGGUGCACCACAUGGAAGUCUUUCACUGUGUGGCACCUCCAGACGAGGAAAUUCCACUAUACGUAGGAAAUUGUUUCGCACAGGACCGACCAAAGGAAACACAAGUGUGUAAAAGAGUUCUGGCGGCGUGGGCAAUGGGUGCACCACCAUUUACCUACCCGGAGGAAGCCGGUCUCCCGCUCGGUGGUCCCGAUUUCAACCUCCACAUCAUGUUAGAAAUCCACUACAACAACCCUGAACGCAAAUCCGGGUUUGUUGACAGCUCGGGUAUUCGAUUCCACGUCUCCCCGAAACUCAAAGCAAUGGAUGCUGGGGUUAUCGAGCUGGGUCUUGAAUACACGGACAAAAUGGCUAUUCCUCCAGGACAAGAAGCGUUUCCUUUGACGGGUUACUGCGUCAGUGAAUGCACCGCCGUGAGUUUACCGCCUGAAGGUAUCACCAUCUUCGGGUCACAACUACACACGCACCUCACCGGAGUUAAAGUAUACACCAGGCACGUCCGGGACGGUGUUGAAAUGAUGGAGUUGAAUCGGGAUGACCACUACAGUACGCACUUUCAAGAAAUACGUCGAUUAAAAAAACCCGUUAAAGUUCUCCCAGGGGAUGCUUUAAUCACGAGGUGUUACUACAAUACAGAGGAUCGGGAUAACGUGACACUCGGAGGGUUUGCCAUUACGGACGAAAUGUGUGUUAACUAUGUACACUAUUUUCCAGCCACGGAACUCGAGGUGUGCAAGAGCGCCAUCAGCGACCAUGCCUUGAGUACUUAUUUCAACUACAUGAAAGAGUGGGAAGGACAGGACACGUCUUGGUCUCGAGCUAUAUCAGACAACUACCAAGCCAUCCAGUGGAACAAAAUGCGCGUCCAACUCCUCCGGGACGUCUACCAAGAAGCACCUCUAAGUAUGCAGUGCAAUAUGUCUACAGGCGACAGAUUUCCAGGUUACUGGGAGAACACACCCCUCACCCCAAUUCUAACCCCCCAACCACCUCCAUUCCGCACAUGUUAACAAAACAACAACGUGUA